AAUCAUAUUCCGUUGAGAGAGAGGGAACUGAAACUCACAGAUGUGCAGAAGGGCGAGUGGAUACCGGACGGCAGCCUCCCUUGUGAUUGAGAUGGCGUCCUUGAAAUAUAAGAAUUCCCCCAGGAAAAAGCCCAACUCAGAGCUUGAUGUGAUUGUCAGCAGUCUAAGGAAGGAGAAUGCCUAUCUGAAGAAAACCCUGGUUGAGUUGUCUCGUCAACUUUCAGAACGUAAUAAGCUCAUAGAGAGAUUCCUCUCUCUUGAAACUGUUAGGCUAGAGAGUUGUCAGCAGCUCACAGCCAAAGAUGAGAAGGUUGAGUUGCUGUCAGAGCAGCUGAGUAAGAAAGAAGGGAAGCUGAUGGACGUAGACUCCAAUUCAGAUGAAUGGGCCUCUGCCAACACCACAAUAGAGCUCCAAAAUCACCUCAGUCAUGCCUUGGAGAAGAACAAGCAGUGGCUGGAAUAUGACCAGCAGAGAGAGGCCUAUGUGAGGGCAACUCUGGCCAGAAUGUUAUGGCUGGAGAAGGAGCUGAACAAAGCCAAUCAGGCCCGCUCACAGCAGCACAAUGAGGACCAUUCAGAUGUGAGGGAGCAAAUAAGCCAGAUGCAGGAGCACUAUGAAAGACUCUUACAGAAAGCCAAAGACGAGCUGGAGGUGCUCAGGGAGCAGCUCAACAUGGCCCACCAGAACCUGAAAGUCACCCAAAACUGGUGCAAGGAAAGGGAAAGCAAGGUGAAAGAGCUCAAGCAGCAGCUGCAAACUGAAAAUGUGAACAUAAAAAGUGCACCGGAAGAUCAUCAUCGCUCUGAGGAUGAAGAGCAAUGGCUGACUGCUGAGACCGAAGACCUCCAGUGCAGACUGGAUGAGGAGAAGCGCAGGUCAGCUAACUUUAAGCAGCAGUUGACUUUCUUUCAGAAGUGUUUGGGAAAUUGUCACAAUGAAGACCAGGAAAAGAUUGCAGAUAUGGAGCGACAGGCGCACCACUCAGAUCAUGUUGCCAUCACUAUUGUCGAGACCCUGGCUAUCACCGCUGUCUUCCUGGUCUCCGUGGCAUCAAAUGCGGGAGCUGCAGCCCUGGUAACCUGGGAACGCAGACUGCUGGCCAACAAGACCAUCCUGACCCUCAACUUGUUUGUGGCCGACCUGCUGUUUGUCAGCAUGAUCCCACUGAUUGUGGCAGUGCGGUGGACUGAGUCCUGGAUGCUGGGGUUUACGGCCUGCCACACUGUGCUGUAUGUCAUCUGUAUGAGCGGCUGUGCCACCAUCACCACCCUGGCCUCCAUCAGUGUGGAAAGGGUCCAGGCCAUCAUUCGGCUGCAAGCUGUACCCAUUUUAAACCGCAGGGUGGUGAUCGGCACCCUCUUCUUCAUCUGGGCCUUUUCUGCACUCACCUCCAUACCCCUCAGUCUGUUCUUCACUGUGAUGGAAGUCGAUUUCCCUGAGCAGAAACGUGUACACAUUUGUACUCUCAGGUGGCCCGACACAACUGCAGAGAUUGUGUGGAACGUGGCCUUCACUGCCCUGUGCUUCCUUCUUCCAGGAUUCAUAAUUGUGGUCAGUUACAGCAAAAUAUUACAGAUUGCUAAAAGAUGUAGGCUAGGACUCCGAGACAGUCAGCCAGUUAGAGACUCUCUUGAGUACCAUGUGUCCCGCCAAGAUAUGAAGCUCUUCCGUACAAUUCUGGUCCUUGUGCUCUCUUUCUUAAUCAUGUGGAGCCCUAUUUUUAUCAUCUUCUUCCUCAUCCUGGCCAGGAACUUCCUGGAUCACCUAGAUUUGUCCUCUACCAUGUUCUUCUGGGUGGUAACGUUCACACUGGCCAACUCAGCCCUCAAUCCCAUCCUUUACUCAGUCUGCCAGUUCAAGAAUGGCUGGCGCAGGUUCUGCUGUGGCUCUGUUAUAGUACCACUGAGAAAAAGACCUCACAGCAGUGGUCAAGUGCAAGGGAUACAUUCAGAGCAGCUUUGUGCAGCUGCAGAAGGGAUCGUUCAUCCAAAUUUGGACAACAUGGCAGACAAAAACACUGUAGAGAAGUUCCUUGACAACAACCCACAAUUUGCUAAGGAGUACUAUGACAAGAAAGUCAAGGCAGAUGUGAUCACUGCUGCCUUCAACAACCAGGUCCAGGUCAAAGACCCAGCCUCUUACAAUGAUGUCACCACCAUCCAGGAGGCUGAGUUCAUAUUCGAUCUCAUAAAGGGGAUGCAAGGCAACACCCCGAUGGAAAAAGCCCUGCAUACAAUUCUCCAGAGGAUUGCUCUGCUGAUCCAGGCCGAUCGCUGCAGCUACUUUGGCUCCAGGGCACGUAACGGAAUUCCUGAGCUGACCACGGUCCUCUUCGACGUGUCACACAAUUCUCCAUUUGAAAAGAAUUUAGUGGAUUCCACUGCAGAGAUUGUUUUUCCCACCGACAUGGGAAUUGUUGGAUGGACGGCACAUUCCAAGAAGCCUCAGAACAUUGCUGAUGUUAAGAAGGACUCUCAUUUCAGUGACUUUGUGGAUAAACAGACCAAAUAUACCACGAAAUGCAUGAUUACUGCUCCCAUUAUGUGUGAGAAGGAACCCAUUGGUGUUAUAUUGGCACUCAACAAACAAGGUGCUGAUGAAUUUUCAAAGAGUGAUCAGGAGCUUUUUAAUAAAUAUGUGAACUUUGCUGCUGUGGUUGCUCUCCAAGCCCACACUUCAUGCAUGUGGGAUAUAGAGUCCAGGAGAAGCCAGGUGUUGCUGUGGUCAGCCAGCAAAGUAUUUGAAGAGCUGACGGAUAUUGAGAGGCAGUUUCACAAAGCCUUGUACACAGUGAGGACAUAUCUCAAGUGUGAGAGAUACUCUGUGGGACUCCUGGACAUGACCAAAGAAAAGGAAUUCUUCGAUGAGUGGCCAAUCAAACUAGGAGAACAGGAGCCAUACAAAGGCCCCAAGACACCUGAUGGGAGAGAAAUCAACUUCUACAAGCUUAUUGACUACUUGCUGGAAGAUAAAGAGGAAAUUAAAGUUAUCCCCGGCCCUCCUGCCGACCACUGGGCUCUGGUCAGCGGACUCCCAACAUAUGUGGCUGAAAAUGGAUUUAUCUGCAACAUGAUGAAUGUUGGAGCAGAUGACUACUUCACAUUUCAGAAAGAAGCGGUGGAUGAGACUGGAUGGAAGAUUAAGAACGUCCUGUCCCUCCCCAUCGUCAACAAAAAGGAAGAAAUUGUUGGUGUUGCCACUUUUUACAAUAGAAGUGAUGGCAAACCAUUUGACGAGAAUGAUGAACAAAUUACAGAAGCUCUAACCCAGUUCCUUGGCUGGUCCACUCUGAAUAGCGACACAUACGACAAACUGAACAGGACAGAGUGGAAGAAAGAUAUUGCACAGGAAAUUCUCAUGUACCAGACAACAGCCACACUAAAUGACGUGCAGACCAUUCUGAACACUCAAGACAAGUUUGGCUCUGCACCAGAGGACUGUGACCAGAAGGAGAUGUACAAACUGUUGAGAAGCAACAUCCCUGACGCCAAGAAGGUGGAGCUGCAUGAGUUCCGCUUUAGUGAUUUCCCCUUGUCAGAGUUGGAACUCAUCAAAUGUGGCAUCCGCUGCUUCUUUGAGCUGGGGGUGGUAGAGAAGUUCAAAGUCCCAGCUGAGAUCCUGACACGAUGGAUGUAUACCGUUCGCAGGGGAUACCGUGACAUUACCUACCACAACUGGAGGCACGGCUUCAACGUUGGACAAACCAUGUUCGCUCUGCUGCUAACAGGCAAACUGAAGAAGUAUUACUCCGAUCUCGAGGCCUUUGCCAUGGUAGCUGCCGGAUUCUGCCACGAUAUUGACCACAGAGGAACCAACAAUCUCUACCAGACAAAGAGUUUAUCCCCACUAGCAAAACUGCACAGCUCCUCAAUUAUGGAGCGGCAUCAUCUUGAGUACAGUAAGACACUGAUGGAGAAUGAGAACCUGAAUAUCUUCCAAAACCUUCAGAAGCGUCAGUUUGAGACGGUGCAGCAUCUGUUUGAAGUUUGCAUAAUUGCCACUGAUCUCGCCCUUUACUUCAAGAAGAGAACAAUGUUCCAAAAAAUUGUGGAAGCUGUGGAGGUGAUGCCAGAGGAGAAAGACAAGAUCAACUACAUCUCCAACAAUGCAACCAGGAAGGAAAUUAUCAUGGCAAUGAUGAUGACAGCUUGUGACCUGUCAGCCAUUACAAAGCCAUGGGAGGUUCAGAGCAAGGUCGCUCUAAUGGUGGCAGCAGAAUUUUGGGAGCAGGGAGACCUCGAAAGGACAGUCCUUGACCAGCAGCCUAUUCCAAUGAUGGACAGAAAUCAUGCUGAUGAGCUGCCUAAGAUGCAGUGUGGUUUCAUCGACUUUGUCUGCUCCUUUGUGUACAAGGAGUUUUCUCGCUUCCACACAGAGAUUAUCCCCAUGUUCGAUGGGCUGAAUAUCAACAGGGGCGAGUGGAGAGCUCUCGCAGAUGUCUACGAGGCCAAGAUGAAGGCUAUUGAAGACGAGAAGAAAAGGCUGGAGGGUGGAGGCGGACAAGGUCAAGAUGGCGGGAAUUCAAAGACAUGCGUUAUCUUCUAGACCUCCAGUUUAUGAAUGUUUGUCUGGAUGUGUAUUUGUACAGUGUGUGUGUAUGCGCACAAGCAUGUGUUCACAGGUGAGGGAAUU